GUUUCCUGUUUGUGUCACAUGUAAAGAGAGCCGGUUCAGUCGAGAAGGAAAACAUUAUUGAGGGCAACAGUAUCUAUUUAAUCGAGGUUUCGGCAUGGCACCGAUGUGAGUUUGGUAUGUUCGGUCAAGAAACAUAUUUCCGCUGGAGAAGGUCUGCCCUUUGGCAGAGUGUUGCCUUGCUCAGCACAUCUGCCACUGGGAGAGGCUAACAGUUAAGCAGCAUGUCCAGUGGGAAUGAGUCCUGCCUGUUUGAGAAUGGAUCCAUCAACCUCCUCUCCUGCUUGGUUCAUGUAUGGGAGAAUUGGGCAGGGCUCGGGAAGCUCGAGGACUUCCUCAGUUUCUUGGAGUAUUUGGUCUGGGUUUUCACGCCUCUGGCAGUGGUCUUCAUCCUGCCUUUUCUUAUAGUUAUCUUCCUCUAUCUAUCAAUACUCUUCCUCCAUGUGUACAAACGCAAGAUCCAGCUGAGGGAAGCUUAUUCCAAUAACCUGUGGGAUGGUGCGAGGAAAACUCUGGCGACCCUAUGGGAUGGACAUGGAGCUAUUUGGCACGGUUAUGAAAUCCAUGGUUUAGAGAAGAUUCCAGAUGAAGGACCUGCUCUCAUAGUCUACUAUCAUGGGGCGAUUCCUAUAGACUACUAUUAUUUCUUGGCAAGUCUUAUCAUUCAAAAGGGAAGAACUUGUCAUUCGGUGGCUGAUCAUUUUCUGUUCAAGGUCCCAGGGUUUAAGCUCCUCUUGGAAGUGUUUAGUGUGAUCCAUGGACCGCAGGAGGAGUGUGUGAAGGCUCUGCGGAACGGCCACCUUCUGGGCAUCUCUCCUGGAGGAGUACGGGAGGCCUUGUUCAGCGAUGAGACGUACCCUCUGAUCUGGGGCAAACGCAAAGGAUUUGCACAAGUGGCCAUUGACUCUAAAGUGCCAGUUAUACCAAUGUUUACUCAAAACUUGAGGGAGGGAUUUCGCUCUCUUGGAACAUUAAGAUUUUACCGAUGGGUUUAUGAGAGGUUUCGUCUGCCGAUAGCACCGAUCUAUGGAGGAUUUCCAGUCAAAUUUCGCACCUACUUGGGUGACCCCAUUCCAUACGACCCCAAACUCAAUGCAGCUGAGCUGGCUGAAAAGGUGCAACAGGCAGUUCAAGCACUAAUCGACAAACACCAGAAGAUACCUGGAAACGUCCUCCGAGCUCUUUUGGAGCGAUUCCAAAGGGAACACAAAGAAGAUUAGCACACUUGCCUUCUCAGACUGAACAUAUAAAUAUGCUUCAAGUUCAAGCAUUCAACUGAACAUUGGAGAUAUUAUAUGAUAUUGUUACACCAUGAGAUUAGUAACUACUGAUGAUAUAGUGGACAGAUUAGCAUAUAUAUCAAUGUUGCAUAUCAAAUAAUGGUGCGUGUCUUUGUAAUAUCUGGUUACAUGUAGUCUUGUGCAUGUUUAAGUGUGUUUUUUUUGUGUGUGUGUGUGUGAAUAUUAUUAUUAUUAUUUUUUAAUUUGCACACUUUGGUUUUAAUCAAAGGACCACUGCCAAAAACUUUGACCACAAAGCCUUUGGUUAGUAUUUUUAUGUCCUUUUAAUAAAAUAGCAUUCUGUCCUGGAAAUCGAUAAUAUAAAUAAAUGUAGGUUCGGGAGGAGCCUGAUUAGUCAUGCCUGUCAAUAAUCAUUAUGAGCGUUUCCUCUAUUUCUCUCAUUCUCCCACAUAGGAACGUUACAGGUAGUUCGAGGAGCAGGUGAACUCGUGAAUUACCUAUCUGAAGGAAUUAAUUCAAAAUUGUGGAUACUGUGAUUUUUGGGGAAUUGUAUAAGCACACUUAGUUAAUAGUGAUGAGAGAUACAUGCUUGAACAUUUGUUGUGUGAUGUUGAAUACUUAACAUGUUUUAGUCUAAUAUCUGUAUUAACGGUCAGAGGCGAACUGCUGUCUAUUUAAGCAUCAGUUGAUACUGCUUUGCCCUGCUCUCAGAGCUUAAUACAACAUUGAUAAUAAAAAUAAGUAUGCAACUGCUAAUGACUUUUAUAAAGGCAGCAUACAGGGCUUUCAGAAUUCAAUAAGAAAUUUAGUAACAUUCCUGAAAUUUAUGGACUUACAAUAAAUGCUAUUUCAAGCAGUAAUCAAAUCUGAUCAGUGUGUAAAUAAAUGGUUGUAAAUGUAUAAUUUCAUAAGAGAUUUUUAUUAUUCGCAAUAAAACUGCAUAUUCCUAUGGA